GGAGAAACGCAGGAUUUAGUUAGUAAGUCCGGUGAAUAAUGUUGUUGCUUUUGAUCGUUCUCUUCGCAGUGGCAUCUGCCAUCUCCCUAACAGAGGAGGAGGAGCAGGAGAUGAGGCUGGAGGAAAAGAUAAGGAACGCUAUCUGGACACCCUUGAUAGAGAACACCCGAGAUGAGCUGAGUAGAUUAGACAAAUCUACUGAGCAAUUCAGCGCUCACGCUACAUGCGGGUUUUCUGUUCAUACGGAUUUGAGUGACUACGAAACAGCGAAACAGAAAUGUGAAAACAGCUCUUGGAUUGGCUUCCCAACACCAGGAGGCAGGAAGCUGGCUAGUUUGCACAGUGAAAUGGAGAAUAAGAUCGCUACUCUCAUGUUUCAAUACGCCUACGGGGGAGAAGAACUUGAGGGAACAAGAUACGAAGGUGCCUCUAACUGGGCCUGGAUAGGGCUAGAGAAAGUGAAGAAGACAGAGGCCCGGCCAGAAGGAGCUGCUAAGUUGGUGUGGAUGCAGGAGGACUGGGAGUGGACUGACGGCACUACACUCGACCAUACUAGCUACGGAAACUGGAUGACGAGGAGGAGUUCAGACGAACAGAUCCAGCCGGACAUGUUAAAAGUUGAGGAUGAUUACCAGACCGCUGCUACAAUCUUUAGGAAAGUUCUAGAAGGGGACUCGAGUGGGGUUUGGGAUGACAAGGUCAAGUCAGCACUCCAUCCUUACAUCUGCAAAUUCAAUGUCCCGGUCCACUACAUUGUAUUCCCUGAGCUUAAAACAUGGCACGAAGCCAAGUCAGACUGCGAGAGACGCGGAUUCUAUUUUGCCAAGAUCAGAAACAAAGCAGAAAACGACCUGCUAGUGGAGGCGGUUAAAACAGUUUAUGACGAUCAUCGGUACGAUAAGAAGUUCCAUCACGAGAAUUGGGUUUGGAUUGGUGCGACAGAUUUGAAGGAUUCGGGAGAAUUUGAGUUUUAUGAUGGGGAACCCAUCAAGUUCUCAAUACCUUGGGCCAAAAAUCAGCACGACAACAAAAAAACUAAAGAACAAGGAAGCCAAGAUUACGCAGCUGUUAGUCGUUGGGGUGAGUGGGACGAUUCUUAUGGGAAUGACUGGAAUAGACCGUACGCUUGCCAGUGCAACCCACACGGUGUCGCAAUUAACAAAGAGAUGGAAGAAGCCAACGCUGCAUGGGAAAUAGAAGUGUUAAGAAAAGAUGAAGUUAAGAAAAGAUUAAGCGAUGAAAAAGAGAAUGAGAGGAGAAAGAGAAAGCAAGAGAAAGCAUAUAAAAAGGCUGCUAAGAAGGCCGAAAAAGCCGAAAGAAAACAAAACAAAGCAACCAAGAAAGCAGAAAGGAAGGAAGAAAAAGCGGCAAAGAAAAAGGCAAAGAAAGACCAGAAGGCAGCGAAGAAAAAUGCAAAGAAAGAACAGAAGGCAGCGAAGAUAAAUUCGAAGAAAGAACAGAAGGCAGCGAAGAAAAAUGCAAAGAAAGAACAGAAGGCAGCGAAGAAAAAUGCAAAGAAAGAACAGAAGGCAGCGAAAAAAGAUGAAAAGAAAGAAAAGAAGGCAGCGGAGAAAGACACAAAAGAAGAACUAAAGGCAGAUAAUAAAGAUGAAAAGAAAGAACAGAAGGCAGCGAAGAAAGAUGAAAAGAAAGAAAAGAAGGCAGCGAAGAAAGUUGAAAAAGAAGAACUAAAGGCAGAUAAUAAAGACGAAAAGAAAGAACAGAAGGCAGCAAAGAAAGAUGAAAAGAAAGAAUGGAAGGCAGCUAAAAAAGAAGUCAAACAAGAUAAGCAAUCCGCCAAAAAAGAUGCAAAAGCAGAAAAGAAAUCAGCAAAAUCAAACCGAAAGGCAUCCAAGAAAGGAGGUAAAAAAGACCGUAAUGAAAACAAGAAAGAUGCUGUAAACGAGAGCCCGGAGUGGACGCCCCUUGACGAAUCUAAGAAUAUAGAGUUGGAAGUUGACAGAUUAGGAGCAGACCCACCAUUCUUCCCCGGUCAAGUUUAAGAUUGAACUUUAACAGAUCCAUUAUAUCUGGUGAUAUUGAUCUUCAGAUUCUAGAGUCGGCUUAUUGUUAAUGUUACGUACUAACUUUUAAAAUUGUUUAAAUUUCCUGUGUUCAAUAAUACUCUUUACUUAAGACAACAUAUUUGUCCGAUAUCAAAACUAUGAGGACGCUGGAUAGGUUUGGAAUUUCCUGAGAAUAUUAUACAGAUGGUACUUGAACACAUUUUAAGAUGCUAUUUCAGUAUCAAUUUAGCGUGCAAAAGUAAUAGGACCAAUAAGCUUGCUUCAAUUUCGGGACCUUUUAUUUAGCAAGUAAAAUGCUACAGUCAACCUAGAACAUCAAAGGAAUGGGCAUUAAUCCAUUUAGACUGGUGAUAAGUUCAUGUCGAAGCUUAGGACAGAAAUUUACCGAAAAAAUGAGGUUGUCGCUAA